AUGUCAGCAAAACUCCAACGAAGAGCAAGUAUCGGUGGGAUACGAGAUCGAAAUGCCGAUUCGUCUGAGAUGACUCUAGACGAUUAUUAUCAUAUGGUAGCAAAAACUAUCCUAUGCAAUCAAAAUCCGCUAACCGGACUUUUUGCUGCUGGAAAAGAUACUGAUCAUGCUUGGGUACGAGAUAAUGUCUAUGCAAUCAUGGCUGUAUGGGGUUUAUCUCUUUCCUACAAAAAACAUCUGGAUCAAAUGGAAAAUUGGACGAAAUGUUACGAAUUAGAACAAAGUGUUGUGAAAACAAUGCGUGGAUUGUUAACGUGUAUGAUGAAACAAGUAGACAAAGUGGAAAAGUUUAAAUCAACGUUAAGUCGAGAUGAUGCUUUACAUGCCAAAUAUUCUUCUGUAACCGGUAAUACAGCAGUAGCAGACAAUGAAUGGGGACAUUUGCAAUUAGAUGCUACAUCAUUAUACUUACUAAUGCUCGGUGAAAUGACUUCGUCAGGUUUACGUAUUGUUUACACACUUGAUGAAGUUGAUUUUGUUCAAAAUCUGAUCUUCUACAUUGAACAAUCGUACAUGAUUCCAGAUUAUGGCAUUUGGGAACGAGGGGAUAAGACGAAUCAUGGCUAUCCAGAGCUGAAUUCAAGUUCAGUUGGAAUGGCUAAAGCAGCAUUGGAAGCAAUGAAUGAAUUAGAUCUAUUCGGUAGCAACGGUGGUCCACGUUCGCUCAUACAUGUCUCAUCAGAUUAUAUCUAUUGGUGUCAUUCAGUACUUAAAUCUAUGUUACCGCGUGAAUCGUUUUCCAAAGAAACAGAUGCAUCGUUACUGACUAUAAUCAGUUAUCCAGCCUUUAGUAUUGAAGACUUGGAUUUAGUCACAGAAACCAAAACAGGCGUGAUCUCGAAAUUACAAGGUCGUUAUGGUCUAUCAAGAUUCUUACGCGAUGGACAUCGGACACCACUUGAGAAUGCUCAUAAACUACAUUAUGAUCCACAUGAACUCAAGCAAUUUGAAAGAAUCGAAUGUGAAUGGCCACUAUUUUUUUGUUAUUUAAUUCUCGAUGGAUUAUUUCACGAAAAUGAAAAUCAGGUCGCACUCUAUGGUGGCCUUCUCGAAGAAUGUAUUAUUAGAGACCCAGAUGGUAUACAAAUUAUACCAGAAUUAUAUGCUGUACCUGGUGAUCGCGUCGAAGAUGAAAAGCGUGAUCCACAUAGUACAAACCGAAUACCAAUGGGUCGCAUACCACAUAUGUGGGGCCAAUCACUCUUUAUUUUAGCCAUGCUUGUUAAAGAAGGAUUUUUGGCACCCGGUGAACUUGAUCCACUAAACCGACGUCUUAUAACAGAACCUAAGCCCGAAGGUUUUGUACAAGUGUGUGUUCUAACUGAUAGCGAAGCAAUUCAUUCAAAACUAUCGUCUGUUGGCAUACAUAUACAACAAAUCAAAGAUCUGGAAUUAAUACAAGUACGGUCUGUCCAAGUUCUACAGAACAUCUAUUCACAUCUCGGAAAAAAUGAGCGUCUUGGUCUUACGGGUCGUCCAUCAUUCGAGAUGGGUCCAUUUUCCACAUCGAAACUAUAUACCAUUUGCGGAAGGACACUAGCAUUUACUCCAUCGUUUAUGGAUCAACAUAUGUUCUAUUUGGCAUCUGAUAUCGAUUAUAUUAUUGAUCGGUUUCGUACUUACCUUUCAUUUUUGAAUAAAAACUGGAACAAUAUCACCGGACGACCUGUCGUAAUCAUUGUUCUUCGUUCAGAUUUGCUUGAAGCUGAACCUAUACCAAAGAAUGUGAUUCAAACGUUGAAAAAAUUGAAAACAGGUUACACGAACGGUGUUCGAGUACAAAUGGGCAAACUGGAAGAUUUCAUCAAUACAUCAUGUGUCACAAGUCUUGAUUUUGUCUUUCGCGAAGAUGAUGAUGAAGACUCCGAAGAUAAACUAAUCGACUUACUUCAAUCAAACUCCGAAUUCAAUCAAACAUCGAACUUCCUCACACAUCAAAAUCAAGACUAUCGUUACCAAAAACGAUAUAAAAUCCGAAAACUAGCACAAAUACGUGGUGCGGUCAAGCGUAGUUACAGUUACAGUCAUCAUGCUAAUGACAAUACUGUCGUACAAAAUAUUCUCAAUUCCAGCAAUAUGGAUGAUCAAGACGAUCAAACAGACACCAAUGUUCUAAAUCACAUUCGAGCGGAUGGACAUACAUUAUCAACAUCGUGUCGACGAGACAAUCUGUUAAGAGACAAAGACGUGCAGGAUAUUAUUGAACUUCUGGCACAUGCAUCAUCGAUACAAGAUCAAGCGGACAUUUUGCAUUAUCUCUGUAUGAAUAAGGGUAUUGACUUUGAAUUUGAACAUAAUGGACAUCGUGUAACAGUACGUGAUCUAAUUCAAGAAUUAUACUCUCGUGCGUGUAAACAACGCGUCUGGUGGUGUGUUCGUCAUUGUGCCGGUAUGUUAAGAAUGCGCAAUGAAAGUAUCGCCCAAAGUUUAAUCGCUAUACUUGCCCAGCAAAAACAGUUGACAAUCGGUUUACCACCAGCACCGCGUGAAUUCGUUCUUACAAGUCCAAUGACUGUUGAACAGCUAUAUAAUACGAUUGUCACGGCAACUGGCAACGAUCCGACAAUGGUGAUGUUAACACAAGAAAUUCUCGUAUUUUUACAUACAUUCAUCAGCACGGAACCGCAAUUAUUUGCUGGUAUGAUUCGUAUUCGUGUUGGACUCAUCGUUCAAGUGAUGUUGGGAGAAUUAAAACGUACGCUACAAUCAUCGGACGAAGACACAACAGAUCAUUUAUUAAAUUUGAGUCCACACGAAAUCAAAUGUUUGUUACAUAUCAUAUUAAGUGGUAAAGAAUUCGGUAUAACUGAACAUUCAACAAAACCAGCACCGGAGUUAGCGGACUUACCUAAACAGGAACGUGACAUGCGUAUUAUACGAAAUGAAAUCAAGGAAGCAAGCACGAGAAAGUUGAGUGUACAUUUGAAUUGGGUUGAUCAUCCGUUAGAAGACGAAGACGAUGAUAUUGGAAAACACGGCCAAUGGAUUCGUCGACGACGGCUCGAUGGUGCAUUGAACCGUGUACCGGUUCGCUUCUAUGGACAAGUUUGGCAAACAUUAGAGAAGUGUAAAGGUAUUAAAAUAGCUGAUUACAUUCUAUACAACAGUUUAACACAAGAAAUGACUCAAGAAGAAAUAAAAUUUGCGCUGCGUGUUGAAGAAGCACUCAAUCGUGUGCCAUUCACUGAAUACCGACAAUUGAUUGUUGAAGCUUGUGUGAUAUUUACUUCAAUUGCUUUGGGUGAUGCUCGGUUUCAUUGGGAUGAAAUCAUCAGCAUUGAAGAGAUUGUCUCGAAAGCAAAUGAAAUAUUUCUACAAGAUCAACGCGUAUCAGGUGGUGAUGCAAUCAAAUGCUGUGCAAAUGGAAAUCCGUGUGGAUCGGCAGCUGGUAUAUGUUUGCAUUUCUACGAUUCUGCACCGAGUGGCCGAUUCGGAACAAUAAAUUAUUUCUUACGAGCACUCCUACAAAUCUUACGCGUCGAUGAAACAACUGUCUGCUCCAUCAGUUAA